AUGAUGAAAGCGAGGUUCCUGGGAUUCAGUCUUGACUCUGGUGAUGAUUUUACAUAUGUGAUAGUCACUGAUCCUGAUUCUGACAAAGAACCACGUCGGAUCUUUACCCGCUCCGUCAUCCGCCCGCGGCAUGUUCGCGAGGCCGCACCUGUUGUGGUCCGAAAGGGGAAGACAAAGUUCGAAAUUUACAAGAAGGAUGAACGCACCAUCUUGGAGGGCAUAGCUGAUCCUGAUUUUCCGCCUCAACUUUCUGAAAGGGCGCCAAAUCCACUAUUGACCAUCCAAGAGGAGCCCGAACCCUUGGACACCGUAGAGGAGUAUGAAAGAGCUAUCGAAGAAGUAUAUGGACCACCUCCUUCGAAACGACUUCGUACCGACCCUACGUCCGAUGAUGCUUUGUUACGAACUGAUCUGGAGGAGCUCCAGCCUCUCUCUGUUAAGACCGUAACAAACUCUGCUUCCAAACUACCGAGAGAACAAGCAGAACCUACGAUUCAGCCACCAAGGGAUCAAGAGAUUGCAGCAGCUGUGCCUGCUGCCACUGUCGAAGCAACAACUGAUGGACCGAGCAAACCGGCUCAGUGUCCAGCGCCGGUAACACAAGAGGAACACACCCAAGUGACAGAUCAAGGUGAACAUGCCUCAGAAUCAGAUGAUGAUGCUUCGGUUCAAUCAGCUGGUGAUGACUCGGUUCAUUCUGCCGAUGGAGACCUCGAUGAUCACCAUGUGACACCGGAGUCGCUUGACGUUCAUCUCCAAAACAUAGCUGGUAUUUCGGAUGAUGAAGACCUCUUUGAUUCGGUUAAUGGGCAUGAAUUUCGUAAGGGCGUCCUGUUUCUCCGCAUUCUCUGGAAGACUGAUGAAACCUCUUGGGUAACUUAUCGCGCUUGUCGUGAAGAUUUUCCCUAUGAGACUGCCAAGUACAUCUGUGCCAACAAGAUUGGGUCCUGCUCCGGUAACCACAAGAAUGGACCACACCAACGUUGGGCACGAACGUUCUUGAAAAAGACUCGACGUGUCAUGCGUCGAUUUGUAAAAUACUAUGGUUAUUCCAAGCCUAUGAAGGAAGGCCAAGUAUUUUGCUGUCCUGAAGAAGACGACAGCUACCAGAUUCAAUACACCAAGCGUUUCAAGAAGUCCACCCCCCGCCAGAAUCGACGUGCCAAGAAGCCUGGACGUCUCCGACGACCUCUUCCUGUCAAGUAUGGUAUUCCGAUUCCGCGGACCGUUAGACAAGCGCUUGCCAUUGAUGACGAAAACGGAAACCACCUUUGGAGAGAGGCAAUGGAGAAAGAGAUUGCCUCUCUCAUCGCAAUGAAUUGCUUUACCUUUCACCCGUCUGAUUACAAGCCUGGCCCAAACUCUCAGUUUGCUCCUUUGCGAAUGAUUUUUGAAGCCAAGCAAGAUGGACGACGCAAAGGAAGAUUGGUUUGCGGAGGUCACCUCGUGGACCCCCGAGGGAUCUCGACUAAGUCUACCGUUGUGAAGGGUGUUAGUGUCAGAUUACUUGACAUGAUUGCCCACCGUGAUGGUUUGACUAUCCUCCAUGGAGAUGUUGGCAAUGCUUUCAUUACUGCCAAAUGUCUAGAGGAGAUACAUUCUACUGCUGGUCCCGAGUUUGGAGAGCGCGAAGGCGCUGUUGUUACUAUCAACAAGGCCCUCUAUGGCUUAAGAUCUAGCUCAAGGGCCUACAGGGAAAAAUUUGCUGCGUUUAUGCGUACAAUUGGUUUCGAACCUACUCGGUACGACCGUGACGUCUGGAUGAGACUACGUGAAGACAAAUCUGGGUACGAUUAUCUUUGCACUCAUGUCGACGACUUCAAAGUUGUAGCCAAGGAUCCUCAACGGUGGGUCAAUGCUAUUGCUGGUGCCUUUCAAUUGAAAUGCUCCGGUGCGCCAGACUACUACCUUGGUAUGGAUUAUUACUUCGAUGAUGCAAAUAAGGUUUGGUUGACAGGUUCCAAGACCUAUGUGGAAGAAUGCAUUCGCCGGAUCCAAGCGUUACUACCUAACGGAUCCCAGCUCUGUGUUCAUUACACUCCUGCACCAUCUGAAGGACCAGCUUCUCAUCCUGAAACGGAUACUUCAGAUUUCCUUGACGAUGCCGGAAAACGCCAAUAUCAGAUGUUGGUGGGCAUGGCCCAGUGGGCCGUCACGAUCGGACGUAUGGACAUUGCUUAUGCAGUUGCCUCGUUAAGUCGUUUUUCUGCUGCUCCUCGCCAAGGACACCUGGAAUUAGCUUUUUAUCUUUUUGGAUACCUGAAACGUUUUCCCAGCAAGCAACUUCCUGUCUGCUCCGAUCCCCUUGAAAUCCAUCCUACUCUACUUGACAAGAAGGGUGAUUUUAUCCCCGAUUUUCUAAAAGAAUAUCCGGAUGCCAAAGAAGAUCGAGACCCCAAGGAACCAAAAGCUUAUGGGAAACCGGUACAAACAAGUGUGUUCUUUGACGCCAAUUUGGCCCACGAUUUGCAGACUCGUCGCUCUAUCACUGGUCUGCUCGUGUAUGUCGGAAGCACUCUCGUUUCAUGGACUUCUAAACGUCAGGGCUGCAUUGCUUCAAGCACGUAUUGCUCGGAGUUUAUCGCCAUGCGCGCUGCAGUAGAGGAGGCCAUGUCCCUCAGGUACAUGUUACGGUCACUGGGCGUCCCCGUUGAGGAACCUACCAAUCUAAUUGGAGACAACCUCGGAGUGAUCCAAACCGCUAGCAUUCCUGAAGCGGAUCUCAAGAAGAAACAUGUUGCGAUUUCCUACCAUUGUGUCCGUGAGGCCGUUGCUGCACAAAUUGUCAACCCCAUUUGGUGUGAUACCAGUGAAAAUUGGGCUGACAUUUGUACUAAAGCGUUGGGAGGCGUCAAAUUGAGUGCCAUUCUCAGUCGAACUAUGCUUUAG